ACGUCGCUAUCCCAGAAUCCUUAGAGAAGGAGAAGCGCGUUCUUGCGUUCUCCUCACAGUCCAGCCUGGAGGGUUUAGGCAACGUGUUCUGAUUUUCUGCAGGAAGGCCAGCACGUUUGUGCUUUGCCCGCCGCGGCGUAGCGGACCUUUUGGAGCCGCAUAGUCGGCAUUUUUGAACUGAGGUCACAGCUCGUGGCGGGCCGAGCGGUGCCCUGAUCUGGCCUCACCAUGUUGGUUCUGUUUGAAACGUCCGUUGGCUACGCCAUCUUUAAGGCUGGAAUGCAAUGGCACAAUCUCGGCUCACCACAACCUCCACCUCCUGGGUUCAAGGGAUUCUCCUGCCUCAGCCUCCUGAGUAGCUGUGAUUACAGGUUCUAAAUGAGAAGAAACUUCAAGAGGUUGAUAGUUUAUGGAAAGAAUUUGAAACUCCAGAGAAAGCCAACAAAAUCAUUCACAGCUCUGAUGGAGGGCAAAAUCAAUAAGCAGCUCAAGAAAGUUCUUAAGAAAAUAGUAAAAGAAGCCCAUGAACCGUUGGCAGUGGCUGAUGCUAAACUAGGAGGGGUCAUAAAGGAAAAGCUGAAUCUCAGUUGUAUCCAUAGUCCCGUCGUUAAUGAACUUAUGAGAGGAAUUCGUUCACAAAUGGAUGGAUUAAUUCCUGGCGUAGAACCACGUGAAAUGGCAGCUAUGUGUCUUGGAUUGGCUCACAGCCUGUCUCGAUAUAGAUUGAAAUUUAGCGCUGAUAAAGUAGACACAAUGAUUGUUCAGGCAAUUUCCUUAUUAGAUGACUUGGAUAAAGAACUAAACAACUACAUUAUGCGAUGUAGAGAAUGGUAUGGCUGGCAUUUCCCUGAAUUAGGAAAAAUUAUUUCAGAUAAUUUGACAUACUGCAAGUGUUUACAGAAAGUUGGCGAUAGGAAGAACUAUGCCUCUGCCAAACUUUCUGAGUUCCUACCAGAAGAAGUUGAAGCAGAAGUGAAAGCAGCUGCGGAGAUAUCAAUGGGAACAGAGGUUUCAGAAGAAGAUAUUUGCAAUAUUCUGCAUCUUUGCACCCAGGUGAUUGAAAUCUCUGAAUAUCGAACCCAGCUCUAUGAAUAUCUACAAAAUCGAAUGAUGGCCAUUGCACCCAAUGUUACAGUCAUGGUUGGGGAAUUAGUUGGAGCACGGCUUAUUGCUCAUGCAGGUUCUCUUUUGAAUUUGGCCAAGCAUGCAGCUUCUACAGUUCAAAUUCUUGGAGCAGAAAAGGCACUUUUCAGAGCCCUCAAAUCUAGACGGGAUACCCCUAAGUAUGGUCUCAUUUAUCAUGCUUCACUCGUCGGCCAGACAAGUCCCAAGCACAAAGGAAAGAUUUCUCGAAUGCUGGCAGCCAAAACUGUUUUGGCUAUCCGUUAUGAUGCUUUCGGUGAGGAUUCCAGUUCUGCGAUGGGAGUUGAGAACAGAGCCAAAUUAGAGGCCAGGUUGAGAACUUUGGAAGAUAGAGGGAUAAGAAAAAUAAGUGGAACAGGAAAGGCAUUAGCAAAAACAGAAAAAUAUGAACACAAAAGUGAAGUGAAGACUUAUGAUCCUUCUGGUGACUCCACACUUCCAACUUGUUCUAAAAAACGCAAAAUAGAACAGGUAAAUAAAGAGGAUGAUAUUCCUGAAAAGAAAGCGAAGAAAGGCAAGAUUAAAGUUAAAGUUUCCUCUGUCGACAGCCUGGAGUGUAGUGGCAUGAUCUUGGCUCACUGCAACCUUCGCCUCCUGGGUUCAAGUGAUUCUCCUGCCUCAGCCUCUCGAGUAGCUGGGAUUACAGGCACACACCACCAUGCCUGGUUACUUUUUGUGUUCUUAGAAGAGAUGAGGUUUCACCAUGUUGGCAAGGCUGGUCUCAAACUCUUGACCUUGUGAUCCGCCUACCUCAGCCUCCCAAAGUGCUGAGAUUACAGGUGUGAGCCACUGCACCCAGCUGGUAAUUGAAUUUCUUUUUUCUUUUUUUUUUUUUUGAGAUGGAGUCUUACUCUGUCGCCCAGGUUGACGUGCAGUGGUGCCGCCUCAGCUCACUGCAACCUCCUCCUCCCAGGUUCAGGCAGUUCUCCUGCCUCAGCCUCCCAAGUAGUUGGGAUUACAGGCAUGAGCCACCAUGGCUGGCUGGUCAUGAAUUUCUAAUGAUAGCUAUGUGUUGAGUCCUUAUUGUAAUGUGUGCUAAGCAUUAUACUUAGUAUUUUGUGUGUAUCAUCUCUUUAAAUCUCAGUAAGAUUCUAAUGAGAUAAGACAUUCUUAAAUGUUAUAGAUGAGGAUAUAGAGUUUUACCAGGGGUAAAUAAAAUUAUUCAGGACUGCAGCAGGUAGAAUAAACCCAGGCCGCCUUCAGAGUGCAAGCUCUUAACCAUUUCUAAUAUAAUUGACUCUCUUCCCAAAAAUGAUAAGGGGAUCAGAUGACCUUUGUUUUAAUCCUGAUUUUUAUACAAGACUUCAUGGUUGUGAGAAAAUUGCUCUGAGGUCUGUCUGUAUCAUUUGUUAAAGUUAGUGGUAGGAGGACCUUCCCAAUUAUAAAAUAAACAAUAUAAACAUUGAAUAGUUGAUGAGAAUGACGGACAAAAACAAAAACUAGGACUCAAACGUUUUUGGAAGGGGUGAGAUCUGAUACAGUGUUAAUAUGCCUUUACAUUUACCCUAUUCAGUUGAAGAAGAG